AUGGGAAGUUUAGAAAUUGGGGUCGUGGUUGAAAUAUUAUCGUUUCCGAACGAUAUAUCACCAUUGACAAUCAAGAACGAUAAUAAUCAGGGUCGAGGCUAUCAAGGGGAAGGGAUUGGAAGGCAGCGGGAGCACAAUCUUGGACAGAAAUUGGAAACCAGUCCAAAGCAGGUUGCAACACAAAUGACAGAGAAGGUUCGUGCACACUCAGGUUAA